ACCCACCCAUGGCCCCCCAAAAUCUCGCUCUACCCCGCCGCAGCCGCCGCUGCCAUGUCGGCCGAGAACGCCGCGGUGCCGGCCGAGCCCGGGCUGGAGACGCAGAGCGUGGUGAGCCGCGUGGCCAGCCUGCCCCUGGUGAGCUGUGCCUGCGGGGCCCUGGCCUCGGCGUACGGGCGCACCAAGGAGCGGCACCCGUGCGUGGGCUCCGUCUGCCGUGCGGCUGAGAAGGGCCUGAGGACACUGACAGCGGCCGCAGCCAGCGGGGCCCAGCCCCUCCUCACCCGGCUGGAGCCCCAGAUUUCCACCGCCAACAAGUUUGCCUGCAGAGGGCUGGACAAGCUGGAGGAGAAGCUGCCCGUGCUGCAGCAGCGCCCCGAGAGGGUGGUGGCCGGGACCAGGGAGCUGCUGUCGGGCACGGUGAGCGGGGCCGUGGCCAGGACGCGCUCGGCUCGGGCCGUGGCGGGCACCCGCGUGGGGCGGCUGCUGGCCACGGGCGUGGGCACCGUGCUGGGCAAGUCCGAGGAGCUGCUGGAUCGGUACCUCCCUGGCAUGGACGAGGAGCUGGUGGCGGCAGCAGGCACAGAGGUGACCACGGGCACCGAGGUGACCAGAGACAUGGAGGUGACCACAGGGACGGAGGUGGCCACGGGCACAGAGGUGAACAGGGGUACAGAGGUGACCAUGGGCACAGAGGUAGCCACGGGCACGGAGGUGGCCACAGGGACAGAGGUGGCCACAGGGACAGAGGUGGCCACAGGCACGGAGGUGACCAGGGGCACGGAGGUGGCCACAGGGACAGAGGUGACCAGGGGCACGGAGGUGGCCCCGCAGGAGCGGCAGAGGCGGUGGCAGAGCUACUUUGUCCGCGUGGGCUCCCUGUCAGCCAGGCUGCCACACCGGGCCCUGCGGCGCUCGCUGGGCGACCUGCAGCGGGCACGGCUCCGUGCCCAGCGGCUCCUGGCCCAGCUCCACCACGUCAUCCGGCUGAUCGAGGAGGGGCAGCAGGGCACGGACGGGCCCUGGCACAGCACCCGGGAGCACCUGCACCACCUGUGGCUGGAGUGGAGCCAGCAGGACGCGGUGCCCAUGGAGGACAGCGAGGUGGAGGCUCGGACUCUGGCCAUGCUCCAGGGGCUGCUGCACCAGCUCCACGCCGCCUGUUCCCACCUGGCCACGGGCGCCCGUGCGUUCCCCAGCAGCGUGCAGGAGACAGCAGGACACGUCCGGCACGGCGUGGAGGGCGUCCAGGCCUCCCUGGCCAGCGCCCGCUCCUUCCAGGAGCUGUCGGGGCUGGUGCUGGCGCAGAGCAGGGAGGCCGUGACGCGGGCACAGCUCAGCCUCGAGGGGCUGCUGGAGCACGUGGGGCAGCACACGCCCCUGCCCUGGCUCGUGGGACCUUUCGCCCCCGCGCUGGUGGAGUACCCGGAGGAUGUCCCGGUGGAUAUGUCCAAGUGGGAGGGCUGUGUCACCGUGGGGGGGACGCACCGGGUGCCCCCUGCCCCCCAGGUCUGCGGCCGGCACUGAGGUGCCGCUGAGCUGGGGGAGCAGCCGCUCAACCAGGGGCACAAACCCCAGUCCCACCGGGAAUGAGGGGCUGAUGGACCUGGUGACCCAGCGUGGGACCCCAGUGUCACGGCCGGGGACUGCUGUGGGGAUGGUGGCACGUGCAGGACGCAGCGUGAGCCUGUCUGGGAUCCAGCGCUGCCCUAAGCCCCAGGAAUACUGGAAUUUUGUGUCUUAACAGCUUCAAACCAGUUUCAAGAGGAAGAAAACAACUUUUUUGGCCUUAAAAUGAC